AUGUCAACGAGAUCUUGGAAAGCCGACGACAAAAAGAGAAUAAAAAUUGGGGAUGAGAAAUCCUUAAAUCCUUUGAGGUUUUCAGCGGAAGAUGGUCGACGAUGCUUCGUCUCUGGUGGCAAUAGCGGAGGAGUGAAAGGAGGACCACUCGAACGACAAUGCGCCGCCUUCUCCGGAAACAGUGAAGAAGAUGAAGAGAAAUCGAAGCAGCAAGAGAUGGAUUGGAAGAUGGACGAGGAGUUCAAGAGAUUUAUGGGAAUUCCAUCAAUCGAAGCUGACGAGGACUGA